CCACAUAGGAGAGGAGUCGUCGAAAGGGGGAGUCAUCCGCUUCUAGUCCUUGCAGAAUCCAACGCCAGGAUCCAGAGUUGUAGGACAAUAAAUCCAUAUUUAGCCCACCAAGCACAGGAUGGUCACUUCCAAAUGCAUUCCGGUGACAGAUUCAACAAGACUGAUACGGAUAACUAACAACAAUGGCGGUGAUGAUGCGAAUGACUUCUCACCGCCCUUGCCUUACCGCCUGCUAGAUGAAGGCAAGAUCAAUUGCGCACGCCGUUGCUUAGCAACAGUGCUUCAACUAAACAUUCACGGCCUGCGUCCCGUUUCAUGCAUGUCUACUUCUUUAAAUCUACCAAUUUUACUCCAUGUCCAGAGCCGACCUUGUCGUCUACUAACCAAACAGGUUCAAGGAAACAGCAUCAACUCGUAAAUGAGCUCUGAUCAUUCAUCCUUUUCCUUCAAGCCACCUAUUCGUCCCUAACUUUUUUCCCUGAGUGCUUCCCAGUGGCAUAAGCUCCUCGGUAGCCACAAUGGCCAUUGCAUUGGCGGAAGCAGACAAGUAUGAUGUGCUAGAGAAGAUUGGUUGUGGUUCCUUUGGCAUUAUUCGCAAAGUCAGGAGGAAAACAGAUGGAUUUAUUCUAUGUCGCAAGGAGAUCAACUACAUCAAAAUGUCCCAGAAGGAGCGCGAACAACUCACAGCCGAAUUCAAUAUUCUGAGCUCUCUCCGACACCCGAACAUUGUCGCUUACUACCACCGCGAACAUCUGAAGGCGAGCCAGGACCUUUAUCUAUACAUGGAAUACUGUGGUGGCGGUGAUCUCAGCAUGGUCAUCAAAAAUUUGAAAAAGACGAACAAAUAUGCGGAAGAGGAAUUUGUUUGGCGUAUUUUAUCCCAGUUAGUCACUGCGCUUUACCGUUGCCACUACGGUGCGGACCCGGCAGAUGUAGGCUCAAACAUUCUGGGGCCUGCCCCGAAACCAUCAGGCCUUAAGGGAAAGCAGGCUCAGAUGACGAUCUUGCAUCGCGAUUUGAAGCCGGAGAAUAUCUUCCUGGGUCAUGAUAACACAGUCAAACUGGGAGACUUUGGCCUCUCUAAGCUAAUGAAUUCUCAUGACUUUGCGUCAACGUAUGUCGGCACUCCUUUUUACAUGUCGCCUGAGAUAUGCGCCGCAGAAAAAUAUACCCUGCGCUCUGAUAUCUGGGCUGUUGGCUGUAUCAUGUACGAACUUUGCCAGAGGGAGCCCCCUUUCAAUGCGAGGACUCACAUUCAGCUCGUUCAACGAAUUCGUGAAGGCAAAUACGCCCCGUUGCCUGACUUCUACUCGCCUGAACUGAAAAAUGUCAUUGCCAGUUGUUUACGGGUAAACCCAGAUCAUCGCCCCGACACCACCGCCUUGAUUAACCUCCCGAUCAUCCGCUUGAUGAGGAAGGAAAAAGAAGUCGUCGACCUUGGCAAGACCCUUCGAAAGCGUGAAGAGGCAGCUCUGCAGAAGGCCAAAGAAGUCGAGCAGACAUUUGCGAAACUUGAAAAGGAGAGGCAGCAAAUGAAGACCGAACUUGAAAGCUCUCUCCGUCGGGAGUGGGAGGUAAAAGCUAGGCUAGAGAUUGACCGCCAGGUGCAGAACGAAAUCGAUAAACUUCGCAAGAGAUUUGAGGCCGAGGUUCAUGAUAGGGUGGCGAUCGAACUUGAGAAGCAGAAGAAAAAUCACAACAUAAGAGACGAUGCUGGCCUUCGCUCAAGCCGCCAUGGCUCUCGUUCCUCUACUAGCAACGGAGAUGACACCGACUUUCCUUCCACUACGGACAUUAGUCUAUUGUCAAUUGAAUCACCCGUGCAUAAGCCAUUGAGAAGAGAGACUCGUACCCCUUUCAAUCGCUCAAAAACGGUUGCCGAUUCGCCAGUUGAUGUGCAAAUGGCUGAGCCGUCCCCAAUCUCAAUUGCAUCCCUUUCCCUAUCUCCCCGUCGCACUUCAGCCACCUCUUCUGGUAAGAACAUCUUUGCAGAAGCAGAGAGACAGCGGGCCAAAUGGGAACCCACCUUGGCGUACUCCGAUGAUGAAGAUGAUGCUCCAGAUCUCCCUUCACCUACCCGGCCUAAAGUCAAACCUGAUCCUUUCAAAGCUCCAUCUCGCCCGCUCCUUCGCCAGAACACAGCCGCACUUAUGCAAAAACUCAGCACACAACCUCCACUUUUUCCAAGCAAUCCGUCAAGACUGCCGCAAGCGUCAGGAUCUGGUCAAACUGAUACCCGUCAUGGAGAGCCCAAAGCUAGAUCUCCUCACCGACGCCUAUCAAAGAUACCGUCAUCCGCGAACUUGGCUGCUGAUGCUGGAUCUCCAACCCGCAAAUCUGGCUUGAAACAGCACCCUGCAAGGAACAGCGGUGGUGGAGAGGAGAUGUUUAAAGCAGUGAUGCAGCGUAACAUGGGUGGCAGAACACUCGUCGAACUUGCUCAAGCCCGAGCUGGAGGCCGCCCUGUGGAAGAUCUCAAGCGAUGUGCCAGUGACUCCCGCACUUCGAACUGCUCUUCUGGGCUAAAAUCUUCAGAUCGUGAUCCGCCAGCAGUGUGGGAUCCCGAGAAGGAUGAAAUGCCUAGCCCUUUCCUUGCGCGUGGUCGAAAGGCCAUUCGUAACUUACGGUGA